AGUUACCAGUGUGAUGAAUUUGGGAGAAGUUUUAGUCAAAGAUCAUUACUUACUCAACAAAUUCACACAGGAGAAAAGCCCUACGAAUGUAACGAAUGUGGUAAAGCUUUUAGCCAGAGCAUACACCUUACUCUACACCAGAGAAUUCAUACUGGAGAGAAACCCUACGAAUGUCAUGAAUGUGGGAAAGCCUUCAGUCACCGCUCUGCCCUUAUUCGGCAUCAUAUCAUCCAUACUGGAGAGAAGCCCUAUGAAUGCAAUGAAUGUGGGAAGGCCUUUAAUCAGAGCUCGUACCUCACUCAACAUCAGCGAAUUCAUACUGGAGAGAAACCUUAUGAGUGUAACGAAUGUGGGAAGGCCUUUAGCCAAAGCACAUUCCUUACCCAGCAUCAGGUCAUUCACACUGGAGAGAAACCCUAUAAGUGUAAUGAAUGUGGGAAAGCCUUUAGUGAUCGAUCAGGCCUUAUUCAGCACCAGAGAACUCAUACUGGGGAGAGGCCUUAUGAGUGUAAUGAGUGUGGGAAAGCCUUUGGCUACUGUUCAGCCCUGACUCAACACCAGAGAACUCACACUGGGGAGAAACCCUAUAAAUGCAAUGAUUGUGCCAAAGCCUUCAGUGACCGCUCAGCCCUUAUUCGUCAUCAGAGAACACACACUGGAGAGAAACCUUAUAAGUGUAAGGACUGUGGAAAAGCUUUCAGCCAGAGCUCAUCUCUUACAAAGCAUCAGAAAACUCACACUGGAGAAAAGCCCUAUAGAUGUAAGGAAUGUGGAAAAGCUUUCAGCCAGAGUUCAUCCCUUUCUCAACAUCAGAAAACCCAUGCUGGAGGGAAAACCAAAGAAUACGGAAAAGCGUUUAGUGAGCAUUCAGCCUUUGGCCAGCAAAAGAGAAUUCAUACUGGAUAAAGACUAUGUAAAUGUGGUACAUUCAGAACAUAUUUAUCGAACAAUUACUAAACGUGGUGUGAGGGCUACAAGGGAAUUUCAGAGUGUGUUACACAAAAGACAUUAAUUGAGAAGUCAUUGCUGAUACAAGGCAUAGCUUACUUAGAAUGUGAAGGAGGGGUUUUACAUUUUUUCAGUGCA